AAGUUUUAGUGAAGAUGUCUGUUGAUCUGGAUCAGACUCCACGGUCUCUGCUGGUCUGUGAUCGGUCCAGUUUCCUGGAUGAGAAGAACCGGAUCAGUUCGCAGGUGGAGCAGCUACACUUCAACUACAAGGUGUCUGUGCUGCUGCCUGAGUGUAGCUCCGCCCCCUCUCACCUGGAUUCUGUGUUAAACAGUUUCAGCAGUUUCUACCUGAUCAGGAAGCUGCCUAUACAUGAACUGCUGGAUAAACACUUCCUGGAGAUGGCCGUGUACCAGGGUAGUGCGUACGGUGUGUCGUACAGGACCAGGAUAGAUGAAGAUAACUGUGUUGCUCUGAUGCCAAACGGUCGUCUGUGCCUAACUCUGGAUAAAGACUCCUUCCAGGUGUUGGGGUUUGAGGGGAAACUGUCCAGAUUCACCCACAGGACAAACAGCAGAUAUGUGGUGUCUGUUGAUCUGACUGACAGCAGCAUGGCUCCUGGUGGGCGGGGCUACCUGAGACUCCUCACAGGUCUGAGGUCACGACUUCACCUGAAGUGUGAUUUUCUGCUGUCGCAUCAUCCAGGGGGCGGAGCCUCUCUGCAGCCCCUCCUGUCUCAUUAUGAUUGGUCGGAGCACAGACCUGAGAUCAGUACUCAUGCUCUGACACACCUGUCCUGUCCCGCCCAGCUGACCUCUGACCUGCAGUCAUGUGACCCUCACAGCUUCCUGGAGUGGCUCGGAGCCGUGGACGGGGACAUCAGCAGUGAGAACUCACCAAGCAGCUUCCUGUCAUCGUUUGUCUGUCCCGAACCAAAGACGACACUGAGUCAAGCUCUGAGCAUUUCCAUCUGCGGACUGCUGCUUCCUCAAGACGUGCACCGACUCAUCCAGGAGAUCAGGUGUUACCUGGAACAGCCUCUGCUUGAGUCCUGGGUGUCUCUUACGGUUCAUGGUUUUGUUGACAGUCCAGUAUCAUGGGGGGGCAGCGAGCACGGAGUCCUGAGAGGAGGAGAAAACUUCUACACCCUGCUAAUGUUUCACGACCACACCUACCACCUACACCUGGCUACAGGAGCGCACGACAUCUGUCCACCAUGAUAUCAUCAGUAUGCGUCUGUAUUGUUCUGUUGAACCGUGUUUAGUUUUUAUUUCUACUUGGAUCAGGAUUUGUUGUAGAAACUUGUUUCAGGUCAGUUUUGAUGAAAAAUAAAAUCUGAGUUGUAAACACA